AUGGCUGAGAAAUCAGAAAUGGUAUUACAUAGUACAAUUUAUUUAAAAUGACUUACAGCCUACUUUUGAACAAAAAAAAAUUAAUUCAGGUCCAUCAAAGUCACAAAGUCAAAGAACAGUCAGAAAAAGGAGAGAUGGGAAAAAUGAUUUUUAUUUCCUUGUUUUGAAGUCUUGUUGUUCUCAUGUUCCAGUAACAGUAAAGGUUGGAGUUUGAAAAUUUGCAGUAGUGAGAUAUUGUAUAAUUUGCCCCCCCCCCCACCAGUUUUUUUGCCCCCGACCCUUCUCUGUUACCACCAAAAACCACUUAACCCAUUGAGAAAAUAACCAGGAUUAUGUGUUUGCCCUUUGCAGUCUUUUCUUGGAAUGUUGUAUCACAACGAAAAUGACUCAGAUGGUAUUCAGCAAGUACUGACAGCACUGCAUCAGUAUGUAUCCUACUAUGGUGAUGGAGAUGACAGAGUUUAUUCCUCCCAAGGUUUAGUGGCUGAUCAACUGUCAGUGGAGCGUGGCGUGAAUGCACUCUUUGAGCUCUCAAAUGGCUUUACUCCAGAGGAAUGUCUAGAGGGUUUGCACUUGGAAAUUGCUGACUGGCACGCAGGAAAUAAGUUUUUGAAGGUAUGAAAAUAUUUAGUGUUUCUUUCAAGCCAUAGUUUAUGAGUCAUAUACAUUAUAUGUAGCUUUGCCAAUGGGUUCAUACUCAUUAGAGUAUAUUCAGUGAACAACACCAAUGCAAGAUAGCUUGUGAGAUAAAUAUCAGGAAAUUAGUUGCAUAAUUACACUGUAAAAACGGUAUGGUCUGAUUUCACACAGUUAAAUGAUAAUUGUUUUAUUUGAGAUAAAAAAAGUCAGUCAAUAAGGUAUGACAUCUCUCUCACUGUGAAAGGAAAUGCAUCAGUUGAUGGGUGAAACUAAAUAUAUUGUAAAUAUCUUUAUUGAAAUAAUAAAACUAAUGAUAAUAAUAACAAUGAUAUCAAAUAUAUUGCACAUUCAUUCACUUGCAUAAACAAGUAAAUGUAAUUCAAAUAAUGAUGAUGAUGAUGAUAAUAAUGACACCAACAAUAAUAAUAAUAAUAAUAAUGAUGAUGAUGAUGAUGAUAAUGGUGAUGGUAAUGGUAAUGAUGAUAAUGAUAAUAAUAAAUAUAAUGCACAUUCAUUCACUUGCAUAGUCUUCUAAUCAUGUAAAAAAAAUAGUUCAAUGUUUGUAUGUAUCUGUUUUUAGGUUGCAUUCCAUAAUUUCUACAACACAAAAUCAGCAGGAGACAAAUGCACUCUCUACAGCGACAGAAAUUUAAUAAACAGAAGGAAUGUCAGCAGUGAUGUUGAUGCGGCAGUUAACCCCUGUAGAAAAUUUUUCGACCUCGAAAUAAAAGCAAGGCUUAUAGCUGCUGCAUUACAUGAGCUUGGGAUGAAUAAUAUCUUGGAUAGCCCUAAGGGUGAAUUUUCCCAACCAAACCUCCCUGAAGCGAGUAACGUGGAGAAAAAGGAAUAUGUGCGUAAAAUUGCCACACACAUUGUAGAUGGCUAUGUCAUUCGAAGGGAAAAUGUUGAAAACAUUUUCAAUAGCCUAGUAGCAGCAGAAGCCGCUGAGGAAGAAGAGGUCAGGCAACAAACAGACAAUGGCAGAUACAUUUGUUUUUUUCCCGGUUGUGGCAAAAGCUUUGCAUCAAGGGGGAAACGAAUGCGUGAUCAUGAAGCCACCCAUAACCAACAAGUCCCACCUCAAGAUUCACAAGGGUUACUCUUCCCAAGUGACUCAGCCCCUUCAGAGAAAGUCCCUGAGAAGGAUGACAUGUUCAAUUAUCAGUGUUCUUUCCUCGAGUAUGGCAUGCUAAUUUUGAAUUUCUUUGAUGCCAUCAAAGAGGGUGAUGGUAAACGUACUUUCAGAUGCUGGAAGUUUCAAUUGCCUUACCUUAGGAAUGACCGGGAAGUACAAAGUAUGCCCUUGAAGCCCUGGGGAUGA